UCACAACAACCAGUCAUUAUUAGUGUAUACGGAGGGGCAGUAGGUGUCGCUGUGUUUUGACAAAAACCCUGCAUUGAAUGUGCACGGAGUGUCAUCUCAAUGCCGCGUCAUGCAUGCAACUGCUUCCUUCUCCUGCUACCUUCGCCCUUAAGCAACAUAAUCCUUUAUAACACCUUCCUCAUCCACAGCUCGUCAUCACAGAUAAUAAUUCUGCUUUCCAUUCCGCGUCGCGGAAAAAUGGUGAUCGUUGAUCCGAAAGCCCUGGCCUCCGCGCACCAGUUCACCGUCGUCAUCGACGGCGUCGAGACGGCCGUCCACGAGGAGGGCGUGCUCCGGCGCAACGGCGGCACGGUGGCCGUGGUCGGCCCGGGCGUCAUCGAGGUGAGCCGUUUCCAGCACGUGGUGGUGCGGGGCGGCGGCGGAGGCGUCGACGUCCGCUUCUCCCGGUGCGGGUACGCGGCCGCCGAGGACUGCGGCGCGGCGUCGUUCCACCGGUGCGGCGCGGUGCGCGUGGGCGGCGCCCGCGGCGUGGCCGUGCGCCGGUGCCGCUCCGCCGACGUGGAGCGCGUGGCGGGCGCCGUGGCCAUCCGCCGCUGCAAGGGCGCCGUGCGCGUCCGCGGCGCCGGCGGCGAGCUCCGCGUGGGCCGGUGCCGGGAGGCCGACGUCGGCGGGUGCGCCGACGUCGCCGUGGCCCGGUGCCGCGCCGCGCGCGCAGACUGGUGCGGCGCGCUCGCGCUCGGCAGGUGCGGCUCCGCCGACGUCAGCCGCUGCGGCGCCGUGCGCGUCGACCGCUGCCGCGACGCCACCGUGUCCGGGUGCGGCACCGUGGCCGUGCGCCGGGGAAAGGUGAACAUGGUGGAGAUGGGCCAGCAGGUGCCGCCGGAUUUCUACGAGCAGACGAUGAUGUAUCAACAGGGUGAACCUGCCCUCGCCACGCCGGUGGCAAUCGUGGUGAAGUAAAAGGAGAUGCGUACUACUGUCUGCGUCGCCACGUCGUACGGCCGAUGAUAAUCUUAUUCGUAUCUAUGGUGAAAGUAUGUGUAAUACUAUUAUCGUGUAUAUAUUGUGAAGACGAAUUCUGGUUCGAUUACUCUCGGACUCUUGGUAUUGUACUAGUAAUUGUUGUAAUAUUAUGCAAAUUAAACCUUCGUAUCCAAAGCAUAUAUGUCGUGUUUCAUCUUAAAACAUUGUUCAUAUGAAUGUAAGUAUUUUUGUGGAUAACUGGAUAAGUAAUGUUCUGUGGCU